AUGCCGUCUCAAGUGGCAACAUGCUUGCGCGUUGCGCGACAGUUCUCUGCGGACCCAGCCAAGCACCAACGCUUCCUUGCUCGUGCAUUCUCCAGCAGCGUCCGCCGAAGUGAAAUCAACAAGGUGUUCCCGUCCGCGGAGGUGGCCGUCAAGGACAUGAAGUCGAACAGCACCCUGCUGGCCGGUGGAUUCGGGCUCUCGGGCGUGCCGGACACGCUGAUCAACGCAGUGCGGGAUAACCCGUCGAUCACAGGUCUGACAGUAGCAAGCAAUAACGCCGGCGUGGACGGAUCCGGGCUGGGCCUACUCCUGCAGUCGAAACAGAUCAAGAAGAUGAUUGCCAGCUACGUGGGCGAGAACAAGACCUUCGAGCGCAUGUACUUGACGGGCGAGAUCGAGCUUGAGUUGACGCCGCAGGGCACACUGGCAGAGCGCUGCCGGUCGGGUGGCGCAGGCGUCCCCGCUUUCUACACGCCAGCAGCAUUUGGCACGGUGGUGCAGACGGGUGACCUGCCGCUGCGACACAACAGUGAUGGCACGGUGGCGCUAUACAGCCAGCCGCGCGACACGAAGGUGUUUGACGGCAAGAGCUACGUGAUGGAGGAGGCGAUCAAGGGCGACUACGCCUUCGUCAAGGCCUGGAAGGCCGACAAGCUGGGCAACUGCCAGUUCCGGUAUGCCGCGGCCAACUUCAACGGUGCCAUGGGCCGCAACGCCAAGAUGACCAUCGUGGAGGCUGAGCAUAUCGUCGAGCCCGGCGAGAUUGAUCCCGCCGCUAUUCACCUGCCUGGCAUUUAUGUCAAGCGCGUCAUCCAGAGCACCGCCGACAAGAAGAUCGAGAAGUACACUUUUGCCAAGGAGGAGGGUGCUGACACCUCUGCUCUGGGCAAGGGUGACACGGCCAGCAAGCGUGAGCGCAUCGUCCGCCGCGCUGCCAAGGAGUUCAAGAACGGCAUGUAUGCCAACCUCGGUAUUGGCAUGCCCAUGCUCGCGCCCAACUUCGUCGAUCCCUCUGUCGAGGUGACUUUGCAGUCUGAGAACGGCAUCCUCGGCCUGGGCCCCUACCCCAAGAAGGGUAAUGAGGACCCGGAUCUCAUCAACGCGGGCAAGGAGACCGUCACGCUCAAUCCUGGCGCCGCGUGCUUCGGUAGUGAUGAGUCAUUUGGCAUGAUUCGCUCCGGCCGUAUCGACCUGACCAUCCUGGGCGCCAUGCAGGUCAGUGCCAAGGGUGAUUUGGCUAACUGGAUGCUCCCCGGCAAGAUCAAGGGCUUUGGCGGUGCCAUGGACCUUGUCUCAAACCCGUCCGCCACCAAGGUCGUCGUCACUAUGGAACACACCGACAAGAAGGGCAACCCCAAGAUCGUCAAGCAGUGCGAGUUCCCCCUGACCGGCCCGGCUUGCGUCAGCCGCAUCAUCACCGACCUCUGUGUGUUUGAUGUCGAUUUCACGGAUGGCUUGACCUUGAUUGAGGUUGCUGACGGUGUCACCGUCGAGGAGGUCAAGGCCAAGACCGAGGCGCCUUUCAAGGUCGCCGAUGACCUGAAGCCUAUGCUGUAA